GGCUGCUCCGCUCCCCGGAGGGCGGACUGAAGGGCGGGGGCUGAGCCAGCUUGUCCCCUUUCCCCACGGUUGCACCUGUUGAUUGACCAGAGCUCCCGGGGAGGCGAGGGGAAAGGGAGGGGAGAGGAGGGGGUCCCACUGCCGGAUCAACGCUGCCGGACUCUGAGACUCGCUCGGGUCGUGCGUAACAGGAGAAAGGAGCAGCGGCACCGUGGGAGCACGUUCACCAGGAGGACCGCAGCGGUUCGAGGAAGUGUCAACAACGGACUACCUGUAACCUGCCGGGGGAGAGAAUUCAAACCCCUCCGAAUGAAAGGCUGGUGAUGGUACGAGAAUGAAGUGUGGGGUCCUGACCGUGUUUCUCACUGGGUUGCUGGCCCCUUGGGCACACCACGGUUGGCAUUGCCAAGCCCAAACAAGGUCUGUCCACAGGCAGAGAGAGUCGCCAGCAGCAGGGUCUAACGCCAGCGCUCCCAGCGGGCACGGGCCACCAGGCAAGGACAGGACUGCCUCUCACAGUGCCGUGCUGGAGCAACGGUACUACCUGCUGCAGCUCUUCCAGCACUACGGGGAAAAUGGGAAACUGUCCUUCGACGGCCUGAGCAGGCUGCUCGCCAACCUGGGUCUGGGCGAGGUGCAGGUGUUGGAGAUCGAGCACGAAGACAUGGGCCAUGACCAUGUCUCUCACCUGGACCUGCUGGACCUGCAGGAGAACAGGCAUGUACACAGCCACACCGCUCUGGAGCACAUGUCCGCGCCGGCCCAUGACCACAGGGGGCACAGAGGGAGGGGCAACCACCCAGAGUCCUCUGCCGAUGGCUCAGCCAUGACCUCCACGGUGGGGCUGGCGAGAAGGACACAGAGGAAGAGCCCGCACCCCGCCUGGGGCAGGGGCAGCACGCUGCGGGGGAAGAGACUGGAGCGGCGCAGUGCAACGGGGCGCAGCGGGGAGGUGGCGAGAGGGCGGGGGGAGACGACGAGACCCCCGCCUGCGGCUGCUGGGGACAGCAUCUCUAAUCACUCAAAGUUCAAUCACCUGCAUGGGAACUGUUUGAAUGUGAGCCAGCUUCUGAUCAACUUUGGGAUGAGCACCGUUCAUGAGAUCACUCCAAAGCAGUUCUCCUACAUCUGCCCGGCCCUGCUGUAUCAGAUUGACAGCCGGGUCUGCAUCUAUCACCAUGACUCACUGGAGUUUCAGCAGGAAGCCAGGCUCUCGAAAUCGGUGUGGCUCUGGGGCUUUAUUGCCAUUACCCUGACCAGCCUGACGUCACUCGUGGCCGUAGCCUUUGUCCCCUUCCUCAGCCGCUCCUUCUCCGGAGCGCUGCUCCCCUUCCUGGUGGCGCUGGCAAUCGGCACGCUCUCCGCGGACGCCCUGCUCCACCUGAUACCUCACGCCCAGGUUCACAGGCACAAGGUGGCGGAGAACACGGGUGCCCGCCCGCUCCUGAAGGGCAAGGACUCUCUAUGGAAAGGCCUCUCCGUGCUGGGAGGCAUCUACCUGCUCUUACUCAUUGAGAGCCUGCUGGGUCUGAUCAGAAGCUGCAGCUGGGGUGUCAAGUCAACAGGCAAAAGGCAGCGGAGGGAACAGGCUGGCCGCCAGAUGGGUGUUCCAGCCAGCACUGAACUUCACUGUUUAAAGCCUGCCCCAGAGUCUGACGGCAGAACUGAGGUGGAUCUGGAGGAGGGAGCAGAUGGUGAGCCCUUCACUGCCAGUAAACCGGGCACAGGCGCCCGUGGUGACCUGCCCAACUGUUGGUCCUCGGGGACGGGGGUGUCAGAGGAGCAGGAGCUUGCACGCGGACAUUCCCACGGACAUCCCCCUGCAGCGCGGGACCUACAGGACUCGGGGAUAGUGGAUAUUGCCUGGAUGGUGAUAAUGGGAGACGGUGUGCACAAUUUCACCGACGGACUGGCCAUCGGGGCUGCGUUUUCCACGGGGAUUUCAGGUGGUUUAAGCACCACCAUUGCUGUGUUCUGUCACGAGCUUCCCCAUGAGCUGGGUGACUUCGCCGUGUUGAUGCAGGCGGGCAUGAAGGUGAGACAGGCAGUAACGUUUAACCUGGUAUCUGCCGUGCUCAGUUACGUGGGCAUGGCGCUUGGCAUUGCUGCUGGACAGUACACAGACAACAUAACCCCGUGGAUCUUCGCAAGUACCGCAGGGAUGUUCCUUUACGUUGCCCUGGUUGACAUGCUCCCUGAACUGCUGCGUGCACCGUCGGACACCAGACAUCGUCGGCAUCUCAGCGGCUUCGUCAGGGAGAACCUGGGCUUCCUGCUGGGGGCUGGAGUCAUGCUGUGCAUCGCUCUGUUCGAGGACCGACUACUCAUCGACAUCAGCUCUUAAUAUUUUACAGUCGGCGGGGUGGAUGGAGGUCCCCAACUGAAGGUCACCUCCCACCAGGAGAGUGGCAGCUUCAGACUUGGGACAGAUGUUCCUGUACCUCCAGGUUAUCUCCUGUUGUCUUCAAAACUGCAGCACCCCCUCUGCUCAGUCGUUACCCCAAAGCCCCAGGGGGGUCUGUCCCCCAACAACGAUUCAGGAAUCGUACUACAGGAUCACAAAAUACUAAUGCCGGUCACGUUCCGGCCUCUCAGCUUUCUUCCAGAUCUUUCCCAACAUUCACAACUGUGCGAAGCUUCCCGCUACUUGAGGAAGGAUUCCAGUUCCCCGUGAUUCCCUCAAUGACGGCGGUCUGUUUUAGCCAUUCCACGCCGAUUAAACCCCUCAAUGUGACACUGACACACCCCUCACAGUGACACGGGUACACCCUGCACCCCUCAGUGUCACACUGAUACGCCCCUUACUGUGACACUGAUACACCCCACCCUGCAACAGCGACACACCCCACACCCUUCACUGUGAUACCGACACACCCCACGCCCCUCACUGUAACCCCGCCACACCCCACACCCCUCACUGUGAUACUGACACACCCCGCGCCCCUCACUGUAACCCCGCCACACCCCACACCCCUCACCGUGACACCGACACACCCCGCGCCCCUCACUGUAACCCCGCCACACCCCACACCCCUCACUGUGAUACUGACACACCCCGCGCCCCUCACUGUAACCCCGCCACACCCCACACCCCUCACCGUGACACCGACACACCCCGCGCCCCUCACUGUAACCCCGCCACACCCCACACCCCUCACUGUGAUACUGACACACCCCGCACCCCUCACUGUAACCCCGCCACACCCCACACCCCUCACUGUGACACCGACACACCCCGUGCCCCUCACCGUAACCCCGACACACCCCACGCCCCUCACUGUGAUACUGACACACCCCGCACCCCUCACUGUAACCCCGCCACACCCCGCACCCCUCACUGUAACCCCGCCACACCCCACACCCCUCACCGUGACACCGACACACCCCACGCCCCUCACUGUAACCCCGCCACACCCCACACCCCUCACUGUGACACCGACACACCCCGCGCCCCUCACUGUGAUACUGACACACCCCGUGCCCCUCACUGUGACAGCGACACACCCCGUGCCCCUCACUGUGACAGCGGCACACCCCGUGCCCCUCACUGUGACAGCGACACACCCCAUGCCCCUCACUAUGACACUGACACACCCCACGCCCCUUACCGUAACCCAGACACACCCCACACCCCUCACUGUGACACCGACACACCCCGCGCCCCUCACAGUGACCCUGACGCACCCCGCGCCCCUCACCGUGACCCUGACGCACCCCGCGCCCCUCUCUGUGACCCCGACACACCCCUCACCGUAACCUCGACACACCCCGCACCCCUCACUGUGACACCGACAUACCCCGCGCCCCUCACCGUGACACCCUGAUAUUACACCCAAAUUCAAAGGGAUGUGAUAGACAGUCCUCCACCAGACCACUUUUACUCUCCGCAUUGUAACACACUUGGAUAAAUGUGCAGGAAAUUGCAGAAACAAUAUGAAUCAGCCUCUCUGUCUUACGUGCAACUGUUUGAUGUGGUCUCCAUACAAAGAGAGUUGAACUGUAUGUUCCAAUAAUAACCCUUCCUACCUGA